AUGCCCGUGAUCAAGGAGCACGAUCUCGUGGGACCCGCGCCCCCUGGUCCCCCGAGGGCGCGAGGGUCAAUCGAUGAGUUGGGAGUCUACGACGAUGCGAGGACAUACUAUACCGCGGAGGAGCGCCACAGGAACAAUCGGGCUGGGCCGCGAACACGUACCUACUCUCAGAAUAGCUUGUUGAAACAGAUGGAGCAGAUGCGUAUGCAUGAGCCGUAUAGGCGAGGAAGUCAUGACGAGUCUACGAUCCCCCAUGGCCGCCGCUUCCUGAUCCAGGUCGAGCCGACGCUACAAAGCCUGCAAUUGCAGGAGGACACAGACAGGAACAUGCAAAUCACAAUUGAGGACAAUGGGCCUAAGGUUCUUACCCUCCGCACAGCGGCUUCCAACGGGCACAAUCGCUUCGACGUCCGCGGCACCUACAUGCUUUCCAACCUUCUGCAAGAGCUCUCGCUCGCCAAAGAGUAUGGCCGGAAGCAGAUCAUCCUGGAUGAGGCGAGACUGAACGAGAACCCCGUCAAUCGGCUAUCACGGAUGAUCCGGGACCACUUCUGGGAGGGGCUUACGCGGCGCAUCGACGCUUCGAGCAUCGAGAUUGCCGCGCGGGAUCCAAAAGACUGGACCGAUGACCCUCGACCACGGAUCUAUGUGCCCGGGGGCGCCCCUGAGCAGUACGAGUACUACAAGAAGCUGGCGGAAGAGAGACCCGAGAUCCGACUGGACGUGCAGCUGCUGCCAGAGAAGAUCACACCGGAAUUGGUCCGGGACAUGAACUCUAAACCCGGGUUACUGGCAGUGGACAUGGAGGAGGUGACGGAUCCUAAGACAGGGGAAAAGACUAUGAGGGGUCGGCCAUUUGUGGUCCCUGGAGGUCGGUUCAACGAGUUGUAUGGCUGGGACAGUUACAUGGAGUCGCUCGGGUUGCUGGUCCACGACAAGGUCGAGUUGGCCAAGUCGAUGGUUCUCAACUUCUGCUUCUGCAUCAAGCAUUACGGCAAGAUUCUCAACGCUACACGGUCGUACUAUCUCUUACGAUCACAGCCGCCAUUCCUGACCGACAUGGCCCUCAGGGUGUACGACAAGAUCAAGCACGAGCCGGGCGCGCUCGAGUUCUUGCGAACCGCCAUCCUUGCUGCAAUCAAGGAAUAUCACAGUGUCUGGGUAGCCGAGCCGCGGUUAGACCCGGUUACCGGUCUCUCCCGCUACCGGCCCGAAGGCCUCGGUGUGCCGCCGGAGACCGAGGCUGGCCACUUCGUCCACAUCCUGGAGCCUUACGUCAAGAAGCAUGGCGUCACCUUCGAAGAGUUCGUCGACGCUUACAACCACGGGAGGAUCAAGGAGCCCGCGCUGGACGAGUACUUCAUGCAUGACCGCGCGGUGCGCGAGUCGGGCCACGACACGACGUACCGCUUCGAAGGCGUCUGCGCCAACCUCGCCACGAUCGACCUCAACUCGCUCCUCUUUAAGUACGAGACCGACAUCGCGCGCACCAUCCGCAACGUCUUCGGCGACAAGCUGGUCAUCCCGGCCGAGUACUGCGUCGGCAGCAUGACACCCAACCACGUCGAGACUUCGGCCAUCUGGGACCGCCGGGCUAAGCGCCGCAAGUUGGCCAUCGACAAGUAUCUCUGGAACGAGGCCGAGGGCAUGUACUUUGACUACGACACGGCCAAGCGCGAGCAGUGCACUUACGAGAGCGCGACGACCUUCUGGGCACUCUGGGCGGGCGUGAGCAGCCCCAAGCAGGCGGCCGCCAUGGUGACCAAGGCGUUGCCGCGGUUUGAGGCGUUUGGCGGGCUGUUGUCCGGGACCAAGGAGAGCCGCGGCGAGAUUGGGCUGGAACGGCCGAACCGCCAGUGGGACUACCCUUACGGAUGGGCGCCGCAGCAGAUGCUGGCGUGGACGGGGCUGUAUCGGUAUAGCUUCACCGAGGAGGCCGAGCGGCUGGCGUACAAGUGGUUGUUCAUGAUUACCAAGGCGUUUGUCGACUUCAAUGGCGUGGUCGUGGAAAAGUAUGAUGUCACGCGCCCGAUCGAUCCCCACCGCGUCGAUGCCGAGUACGGGAACCAGGGGCUGGACUUCAAGGGUGUUGCUAAGGAAGGAUUCGGCUGGGUCAAUGCCAGCUACGUUUACGGCUUACAGAUCGUCAAUGCCCAUAUGCGCCGGGCACUGGGCACGCUGACCCCGUACGAGACGUUUGUCAAGGCGCUGGAGGACAACCGUGCCAAAGCUCUUGCCGAGUUGGUUUGA